AUAUGGAAUUUUUAAGUGCAUUUAUUCGUAUGACCUCGUUCCUAGCCGUUACAACACUUCGUUGAGGUUGUGAUACAACUUCACGUCGCUCCUUUCCUCAUGGUCGGUUGUAGAGGACCGACUAGAUUUUUGAAUUCCAUAGAAAUUAAGUAGACCUAGUGCAAAAUGUCGCGGAAAAAGGGAAUGGAAGAAACUGACAAGCUUACGCGUAUCGCAAUCGUGAACGCCGAUAAGUGUAAGCCGAAGAGAUGUCGACAGGAGUGUAAAAAAUCAUGUCCAGUGGUACGAAUGGGCAAACUCUGCAUUGAGGUGUCUCCCAAUUCUAAAAUUGCAUCAAUUUCUGAAGAAUUGUGCAUUGGUUGUGGCAUUUGUGUGAAGAAAUGCCCAUUUGAGGCCAUUACAAUUAUUAACUUACCAAGUAAUUUGGAAAAGGAUACCACACAUAGAUAUGGAAAGAAUUCAUUUAAAUUGCACAGGCUACCAAUUCCAAGGCCUGGUGAAGUGCUUGGACUUGUGGGUACCAAUGGUAUUGGUAAAUCCACAGCAUUGAAAAUUCUUGCAGGCAAGCAGAAACCAAACUUAGGACGUUAUGGGGAUCCGCCUGAUUGGUCGGAGAUUUUGAAUCAUUUCCGGGGUUCUGAGUUGCAGAAUUAUUUCACGAAAAUUCUAGAGGAUGACUUGAAAGCUUUGAUUAAGCCUCAAUAUGUUGAUCAGAUUCCUAGGGCUGUUAAGGGAACUGUUGGUCAAUUAUUAAGUAAGAAAAAUGAAAUGGACAAUGUUGAUAAUAUUUGCCAAAUGUUGGAUUUGAGUCACAUAAAAGAGCGUGAAAUUUCUGCGUUAUCGGGAGGGGAGCUGCAACGUUUUGCUUGCGCCAUGGUAUGCAUACAAAACGGAGAUAUUUUCAUGUUUGACGAGCCUUCGUCCUACUUGGAUGUGAAGCAACGCUUGAACGCUGCCUUAACGAUACGUUCUCUCAUCCAUGCCGAUAAGUUCAUCAUUGUCGUCGAGCACGAUUUGUCUGUCUUGGAUUACCUCUCUGAUUUUAUUUGUUGUUUAUAUGGCGUGCCUGGAGCAUAUGGCGUUGUUACUAUGCCUUUCUCAGUGCGUGAAGGCAUCAAUAUUUUCCUGGACGGCUUUGUUCCGACCGAAAACCUACGUUUCCGUGACGAAUCGUUGGUAUUUAAGGUUUCCGAGUCUGCCUCGGAGGAGGAAGUGAAACGAAUGAACCAUUACGAGUACCCACUGAUGAAGAAACAGAUGGGUUCGUUCCAGUUGGAGGUGCGCGCCGGUCAAUUCUCCGAUUCGGAAAUUUUAGUAUUAUUAGGUGAGAAUGGUACUGGUAAGACAACUUUCAUUCGGAUGCUUGCCGGUAACCUCCAGCCGGACGACGGAUCCGGUGAGUUACCGCAACUGCACAUUUCUUACAAACCGCAAAAGAUCAGUCCAAAGUCUCAAGGCUUGGUACGUCAACUAUUGCAUGAAAAGAUUCGUGACGCCUAUGUACAUCCGCAGUUCUGCGCUGAUGUAAUGAAACCCCUGAAAAUAGAUGAUAUUAUUGAUCAAGAAGUGCAGAACUUGUCCGGUGGUGAAUUGCAGCGUGUUGCCAUGACUUUAUGUUUGGGAAAACCAGCCGACGUUUAUUUGAUCGAUGAACCUUCUGCUUAUUUGGACUCCGAACAGCGUCUGGUCGCUGCUAAAGUCAUUAAACGGUUCAUCUUGCACGCGAAGAAGACUGGUUUUGUUGUCGAGCACGAUUUUAUUAUGGCAACUUAUCUGGCAGAUCGCGUUAUCGUAUUUGAGGGUCAACCUAGUGUUGAUACUGUUGCUCAUUCACCGCAGACUUUGUUAGCUGGCAUGAAUCGAUUCUUGGAGCUGUUGGGAAUAACUUUCCGAAGAGAUCCCAACAAUUUCCGACCGCGCAUCAAUAAGAUACAUUCUGUCAAGGAUGUUGAUCAGAAGAGAGCCGGAAACUAUUUCUUCUUGGAGGAUUAAAGAGCAUUUGACCAGUAAAUUUUAUUAUCGACGUAAACGAUUGCGUUUGCAUCGGAAAAUGGAUUUUUGGUUCUGAUUUCGAUUUUGGUUUUUAUUUGAGAUGAAUUUGUUAGGAGUUUUGAGGAUAAUUUUCAUAAUGUUUUGUAAUAAAUACAAAAUACAACACGAUACAACCAUCAAAAUGAAAUAAAAAAAUUGAAAUUAA